AUGAAAGCUGUGUACUUUGUUGUUAGCCUCUUGGCAUUGGCUUCUCCUCUUGUGCUCGCAUAUGACCCAAGUCCCCUUCAAGAUUUCUGUGUCGCACUCAAAGACUCUAAAUUUGCUGUUUUUGUGAAUGGAAAAUUUUGCAAAGAUCCAAAGGCAGUGAAAGCUGAGGACUUCUUCUUUUCUGGGCUGGAUAAAGCAGGACACACAUCAAAUCCUAAUGGCUCCAAUGUCACUGCAGUAGACGUAAACAUGCUGUAUGGAUUAAACACUCUAGGAAUAUCUCUUGCUCGCAUUGACUUUGCGCCGAAUGGAUUGAACCCUCCCCACACUCAUCCACGUGGCACUGAGAUCCUUGUAGUGAUUGAAGGAUCUCUUCUGGUAGGAUUUGCGACGUCUAAUCAAGAUGGGAAUCGAUUAUUCACCAAAGUGCUUAACAAAGGAGAUGUGUUUGUGUUUCCAAUUGGUCUCAUUCACUUCCAACAGAAUGUGGGUUAUGGCAAUGCCAUUGCCUUUGCAGGUCUUAGUAGCCAAAAUGCUGGAGUGAUCACUAUUGCAGAUUCUGUGUUUGGCUCUGAUACCCCCAUCUCUUCUCAAGUUUUGCAAAAGGCUUUCCAAGUGGACCAGAAAAUAAUUGACUACCUUCAGAAGCCAUUUCGUGGUUAAUCAAUA